AUGAGUUCAGAACAAAAAAGUGACAAGACUGCAUUAGCAGCUGCUAUCGCCGAAGCUCAUAGAACUGGUGAUGAUACACCAGACAUUGAUCCACGUAAGAAAGCUGAUAGAGAAAAUCAAGGUUGGCUUUCAGGUGAUCAAUUUACAAUUGCUGAAACUCCUGUUGCUCAUAUCAAUUCAACAGUUGGAACCAAAGAAUAA